AUGGAAGACUCCGAAGAAAUUGACGCUCAUAUAGCAACAACCACAAAAUUAGAUAUAGAUGAACCUGGUUCAUCUGUUGAUCAGAAGAUGUAUAGGGGAAUAAUUGUCUCUUUGUUAUAUCUCAUUACUAGUAGACAUGACAUUGUUUUCAGUGUAGUCCUUUCUGCUAGAGUUCAGGCAAAUCCAAAGGAAUCUCACUUGACUGCUAUCAAGAGGAUCUUGAGAUACCUAAAAUGCACCACUGAUCUUUGCCUAUGGUAUCCAAAAGGUUUUCUUGUGGGUAGAAAGAGCACUUCAGCUAUGGCACACUUUCUUGGCUCAUGUAUUGUGUCAUGGGCCACCAAAAAGCAAACUUUUCUGGCCUUGUCCACUGCUAAAGCUGAGUAUGUGGCUGUUGCCUCAUGUUGUGCUCAAUUGUUAUGGAUCAAACAAUAA